AAAAGCCCAUUUCAUGUCUCUAUAUAGAUUCUCCUCCCCACAUGAGUUCUCUGUCCGCCCAACAGCGAGAAUCUUCACUCUCUUUCCAUGCACCCUCCUUUUAUCCUUAAAUAAUUUCUCCUGAUUCCCAUUGGGACAAUAAACCCAAUUAAUGAAAUAUUCAAUACAUUUAAAAGCCCACAUCCCUAAAUCUUUAUCAAAAUCCCCAACCCUUCAAGCAAAGCACCUACUUUUGCAGCUUUCCCUUUUAUCUUUCUUUCAAAUUUGUAUCUUCUUCCCAUCCUUUUGCAUUUUUGUUUCUUGGUCCUGUUCUCUGGGCAUCUCCCUCAAAUGGGUUGCUCUCAAAGUAGCUGCAUUAUCUCUGGUGAAUGCGAAAACGACGGGAAGAACCAAGUAGGCUCUUCUCUGGCGGACGAUCAGCGGUCUGGGGAGCGAUCAAACUGUGAAAAGAUGAAAUGGGGCUUGAAUUUGAUUCGGAGGCGGCAGCAACGGGGGAUCAAGGAUGCUUUCGAGAAUAACAAAACUUGGUUGCUUGGUGAAUCAGGUGGAGUGCAAAUGGAGUCUGUUGAUCCGCAGUCGACGCACUCGUCGUUCCGUUUCAGCUUCGGUUCACAAGCCGAGCUUGAAUCGUUGAGCUUGAAUUCUACUACGACUACGGUAAUCAUGGUGAAUUUGGAGAAAGGGUCGAAUGAGGGAGCAGUGGAAACUCGGUGUCGGGAAUUGCAAAUGCGUAGGAUUGAGUCCUUGGAAAGGAAUAUUUCUUCUGUUGCUUGCUCUUUGGUUAGAUUCACUUUCGCAGAAAUCCGCUCAGCCACGAAAGACUUCUGCAGAGGUAAGGUAUUGGGAAGAGGUGCACAUAGCUGUGUCUUUAGAGGGCGACUACGGUAUGGCAGAUCAGUUGCAAUUAAGCGGUUGAAUAACGAAGAGAAAGAAUCGGCCAAGGACUUCUGUCGGGAAUUGAUGAUUGCGAGUUCUCUCGACAAUCGAAAUGUGGUUCCUCUAGUUGGUUUCUGCAUCGAUCAGGAUGGUCUUUUCUUGGUCUACAAGUUCGUUUCCGGAGGGAGUCUAGAGCGUCAUUUGCACGAUAAUAAAAGAGGGAAAAGUUAUCCACUUCCAUGGUUCACUAGAUAUAAGGUCGCGAUUGGAAUUGCUGAGGCGAUCACAUAUCUCCACAAUGGGACGGAGAAAUGUGUUAUUCACCGCGACAUUAAGCCAUCAAACAUCCUUCUCUCGUCCAAGAAAACGCCCAAACUUUGUGAUUUUGGACUAGCUACAUGGACUCCUGCACCUUCAUCACCUUUCCUUUGCAAGACCGUGAAAGGAACAUUUGGCUAUUUGGCACCUGAAUACUUUCAGCACGGAAAAGUAUCUGAUAAAACGGAUGUGUAUGCAUUUGGGGUGGUUUUGUUAGAGCUAAUAACAGGUCGGAAGCCGAUCGAGACAAGGAGAUCUCAUGCCGAUGAGAAUUUGGUCUUGUGGGCAAAGCCACUCUUACAACAAGAAGGAGACAUAGGAGAGCUGCUCGAUCCACAGCUCAGGCAUAGUUCUUACAGCUCGAGCCAGUUUAGUCGCAUGGUUCGAGCCGCAGCUGCAUGUGUGAACAGUGAAGAGUCUCAAAGGCCAAGCAUCAAUCAGGUCGUCGCCUUACUGCGAGGAGAUGAGCAUCAAAUAACAGACAAGUCGAGUUUCGGUAAGAACAGUUGCAUUGGUUUUUAUAAUCAGCAGACGAAGUCUGAUGUGAAUGGCCAUUUAGCUUUGGCUAUGUUAGGUGUCUCUGACCUGGAUGAAGACGACUUCUAUUGUCGUUGAGGCCUGUUAGUAAGGCUUUCUAUUUAUUUUUAUUUUUUUCUUUUUUGUGAAUUCUAUGAAAUUGUUUAGAGAGAGAGAGAGGAUUGUACAGGAACGUAGCUUGCAAAGCAGAUUGUUGUAUCUACGCGGCGUGGAUGCGUGGAGUGAUUCAAUGGGUGAUUUUGAAAAAAAGGUUUAUGCUUGUUAUAUAACUAUCUCCAUUUAUGUAGAAGGAUAGUAGCUUGAGACUGCGUGUCCCUUUGGCCCA